AUGUUGAGCAUCACGCAUGCGCACGUCACAAUUCUUCAAGCUGAUAACCUUUUAAUUAAAGGAAAAAAUGGUACGAAUAACGCGUUCGUCGUCAUUGAACUUGGAAAAGAAAUCUAUAGGACGUCGGUGAAGGAAAAUUCAGGUAGAUCCGUCGUUUGGAACGAAGAAUGCGAAUUGAAAAUACCCAAAAUUGGUAACAAGGCUUCCAUAGUGUUGACGGCACAGCACAGGAAUUCGUUUGGAUUGGAUCAGUUUUUGGGAAUGGUUAAAAUACCCUUGGAUAGUUUCGACAAAACGGAAAAACGCGUCAAGUGGUUCAAACUCGAUGGUAAACCGGGUAAGAACAAAGACGAUGAUAAAACGAGAGGGAAAUUGGAAGUUCAAAUUGGUUUUUUAUCAAAGGGAGGAGGACAAUCGAUAUCGUUGACGUCAUUGCCGUCGAAAAAAAAAACCGUCAUAGAAAAAUUAACGGGUAGUCUGUACGGUUUGACGCACAUAGAUCAAAAGAAGAAUAAAACGAUGGGGGUGAGUAAAAUAGCGAGGAGUUUGCAAAAAAUGGCAUUUAAAAAAAAACAGAAACCCGUCGUGGAAGAAGAAGAAGAUGAAGCAGAAGAUGAAUUCGUGGAUGGGAUUAACGAUUCGACUCUUUGCGGAAGUUGUCCACCGACGAGAAAAGCAAACACCCCGAAUAAUUUAGAUCCGGGUGUUAUCAGUGAAGACGAAGAAGAAGAAGAUGAAGAAAAUUCGCAAAAAAGUUUCGAUGAUGGUUGUUGGGUAAAAAAUGGUAAAGUCGUGAGUUGUUCGCCUAAAACGACGCAAAAACUUUACAAGCAGAAUCCACAAAUAUCUAUAAGCUUUUGUGACGAUGAUAGUAAUAAUAGUAAUAAUAAUAAUAAUAAAAAUAGUAAUAAAAAAAAUAAAAGUAAAAUGAAUCAAAGUGCUUCCGUUUGCGACAUAAGAACGGAAAGUUUAAAAAAUACUUUAUCGAGUCAAAAAAGGAAAAAAUCACCCAAAUUGGGAGAACUCAACGGCGGGGGAUUAAGAUUAUCCGCGAGGAGAUUAUCCGCGUCGUGCGUGGAUUUUCACGAUUUUUCAACUCCGGUUUUGGAAAAAAAAUUCACGUCACUUUAUUUGGAUGCGAAUUUACAAGUCGACAACGGGUCGAAUAAGAAAAAAUCAAAAUUGGUUAAAAAAUUGAAACAAUUUCGAUCGUUCGAUUACUACAGUAAAGAGAGUAAAGAAGUUAGGAGGACCGUCAUAGGAUGCGAAGCCGGAGACAAAAUGGAGGAAAUGACGUCAUCGCCAUCGCCAUCGCCAUCACCAUCAUCAUCGUUUUAUUCUAAUAAAAGUGAAUUUAAAAAUAAAACCAAAGAUGAAUUAAUUAAAAUGAUUUUAGAUUUGCAGAAAAAAGUCAAUUGCGUGACGAUGAGAGUUAAAGAACUUGAAAAUUAUCUCGAUGGAAUAUUAUCGAAAGUCAUGGAAACCGUACCUAAAUUAUUGGAAAAACAGAGCGAUUGGGGUAAAAAGAGAAAAAGAAAAUGGGAAAAUUUUUACAAAAAAAAGAAUAAAGAUGGUAGCGAAACAUCAAUCGGACCGCCAGAAGUUAAACUUAAUGGGAAUCCAUCAGAGUUUGCUGUAUUUGCUCAUGUCAGACAAGCCGUUUUGGAAGCUUGGAGUCAUAAAGCGUCGCAAAUAUAUUUGAAUUCAUCUUCUAGCAUUCCAAUUUUAGAAAGUGCUUACGAAGGAGAAAGUGAUUCUGAUGUCACGGAAAUUUAUCAUCCGCAGUUACCUAGAGUACCAAAAAUUGUCGGAGUUGGUUUAAGAUGUGUUUUGGAAAUAAUCAAAGACAGUAGACAAUCUCAUCCGGUUUUAUGCACUAGAGCUUUGGCAGCACUUUUAGAUGUAUUGCAAGGACAACAGCCUCAGGGUUUACAAAAUGAACCCGCUGAAGUCAUAGAUCCCUUGUUCGAUUUACUUUUGGAUCUAGCCACCUGUUACACUCCAGAUUCAUCAACGUCAGAUGAUGGAAAUCACCUUACCGCUAUUGCUUGUUCCUGUUUGCUCAGUUUAGUAAUUGUUAGAGGUUCCACGGGUAAACUAUUAUCAGCUGCUGCAGCUUUACUCAUGUGCCCUAAACAAUUAGCCAAUCAAAACAUUCAUCUACCUCUUGUUAUGACUGCACUUCAAAGAAGUAUUUAUGCAGUGUUAUUGGGAAAAAUUAGCAGGCCAGAUUGGUUGACUCAUGGAGUGCCGAAAGCAUCAAAAAUUGAUUCUUUUCCAAUCAAGAAUACAGGUUUAGGAGUUGUAAGAUCGUUAGCUAGUGAUGGACAGUAUUUGUAUCUAUAUUCAUCGAGGGGCCUGUUUAAAAUUGGUUCAGGUCAUGGUGGAACAAUCAAAGGCCACAUUUAUUAUUGUGUUCCUGAUUUUUUUCAUGAUGAUAAAGGAUGGUUGGGAUUUGCUAAUGGAUGGCUGUGGUUAAAAGUAGCUGGGAAAAGAGGCUGUGAAUUAUUAAGAAUUGAUCGUAAUCCAUUUAAAGUGGUCAAUACUGUAAGACUGGAUACAAGAGACUGGAGCCCUAGUGUUUGGUUUUCAGAUGCUGAUCAAAUAGGAGUUAUAACUUCAACAAAUGAGGAUGGAUUUGUUGUGAAAACAUUAAAUCCUAAUGUAAAGCCUGUGACAAUCACUAGUGAACUUUCAUUAAAAUUAGCCAGAAAAUGUAUUGACGUGAUGGGUAGUUCUAGUUUCGAUGAAGAUUCCGGAAACAAAACUUUAAAUUUUGAUUUCGACGACGAGAUUUUAUCAAUAGUGUCUGGAAAAGAAUUCGGUUUGAUUAGGACUACAAGCGGAAAAGUUUUUUAUUCCGGGAAAGCUAGUAGUAUUGGAAUGAAAAGCGGUGUUUCCAGCGGACGUUGGUCCGAACUCGUUAUGCCAAAGGGAGCCAAAGCUCAACAUAUUUCAGUAGGCCACGAAGGUCUUCAUGCUAUUAUUGUCGCAGAAGACGGAAGUGUAUUUUUUUGUGGAACGGCCAGAAGGGGAGAAGAUGGAGAUUUGAAUAAAGCCAGGAGGCAACCAAAAGCGGUGAAACCGAAAAAAAUGGUUAAAGUUGAAGAUGAGUACAUUGUGCACGCGGCAACGAAUAAUGGAACAACAGCUCUAGUGACUCGCAACGGUCAACUUUUAAUGUUUGGAAAAGACACCGUGCAUUGCAAUUCUUCUACAGGAAAAGUUUUGGGUAUAGAAAAUUUGCAUAUAACUCAAGUAGCUCUCGGCAAAGCUCAUGCUGUCGCGUUGACGUCAAAAGGUAUAGUUUAUACGUUUGGUAUAAAUAAUAAAGGACAAUGCGGAAGAGAUUUCGUAACUCAGAUUAAAGAAGCCAUUGCAAUGGACACAGUCGUGCAAGAAGAAGAAAAAGAAGAUGAAAUCGAUUGGGAAGAUGCACAAAAUAUUAUGUGUCUUCCUGGAAAACAUCAAUGGAGACAUGAUUUGUGUAUGGUUUGCACCGUGUGCAAAGAGUGCACUGGAUAUAGUAUUUCUUGCCUUAGUUCUAUCAGACCACAACGAAAUCCUGGGCAGGAAUGCGGGUGUGGUGAAGGUGAUUCUGGGUGUUCCAUAUGUGGCUGUUGUAGAGUAUGUGCAAAAGAAUAUGUUGACAAUUCCGAUCUUGCCGUCUUAGGGCCGUCGGGAUUAGGAGAUUCAUCUGGGAUGAUGCGUUUAGAUCUUAUUUUCAGUGGCGAUAGCCAGGAACAUUUACAAAAAAGAUUGGAAGAAAGAAAGCAACGACAAGGCCGAAAAACUUCGUCCAAACAUAAUUGCAGUUUAAAAAUAAAAAGUUCCGGGUCGCGGCCAAGUGUAAGUUCAUCAAAAUCAGGUUCAUCGAUACCCAUAUUCAAAACUCCGGCUCCCAUAAAAUUUUCAAAUUUAAUAAAUGAGGAAGUAGCUGGUGGAAGUGAUUUAGAAAGGGACACGAGUAGGGUCACAUCUUUACCUCCGGCUCCUAUCGCUUUACCUUACACUUGUCCGGUUACACAAAUUGCAUGUGGACUUCAUCAUAGCAUUGUUCUGACUCAAAGUGGUGAAGUUUACACUUUCGGUAGCAAUAUAUACGGUCAACUGGGUAUCGGUGACGUAUUACUCCGCGGAGGACCAGUAAGUGUAAGAUUGCCUUGUCCCGCUCAAUCAGUUGCCGCAGGAAGUAAUCACACAAUUAUUUUAACAGUAAAAGGAGAAGUUUACACAUUUGGAAGUCAUCAGAAAGGUCAAUUGGGAAGAAAAAGCUUUAAGGGUCAUAAUGAUCCAUCUACUAGUACCACUUUCGGUCGAAAAAACAAUUGUUAUGCGAGACACGAAACUCCUUGGUACGCGAUUCCCGGUCCCGUGCCUGGUAUAGGUCCUAAUUCUGGUCGUAGAGCAACUUGGAUCGGAGCAGCAGGAGAUCAAACGUUUAUUAAAGUUGAUGAAAGCUUAAUAAAUUCAUUAAGUUUAGAACAGUCAACAAUAACGGGAAACAAAUCUUGUAUACUUCCCAAAUGUGAAAACAAUACUUUUCAAUCUCUUGCCAUUAGCAGACGAGAUGGUAAUUGUGCAGUUUUUUCCGACGCCGGUCAGGCACAUUUGAUCGGUUCUCCAGUUUGCCUUGAUCCUCUAUACAACGUUCUAUGGAGCUAUCAACAAAGCACGAACCUUAUUUCUUGUUAUAACAUCAUAGCUUCAGAAGCAAAAGGCUUAGAAGCAUUAUCUCAUUCGAUGUUCGAUCCGGAUUUGGUUCUUCCCAUCACACCGGGUUGUUUAGUCAAGAGAUCUCAAGCCGCACUUCACCUCCUUGGUGCUUUAGACACUUUGGCUCAAGCUCAACAUUUUAAACUCGAAGUCGGAUCGGAAAUUUUAGAAAAACAAAUGGGAACAACGAAAGCUUACACUCUGCAAGAUUUUUCGGCUGUUAAUAGAUUCGAAAGUCACGGUGGAGGCUGGGGUUAUUCGGGUCAUUCAGUUGAAGCGAUUCGAUUUAUGGCCGAUGCUGAUAUAAUUUUAGGAGGUUUUGGAUUAUUUGGCGGUCGCGGUGAAUACACGGCUAAAAUUAAACUCUUGGAUAUUGGUGUUGAUGGAGGAGAACAAGAAUCUGAUGGUGAAGUUAUCGCUGAAACCGAUGACAUUCCCUACGAAUGCGGUCCCCGGCAAAAAUACCCAAUGUUAUUCGAAGAACCCCUUCUCUUGCAAGGUAAUAGAUGGUACAUUGCGUGGGCGAGAAUUUCUGGACCGUCCAGCGAUUGCGGAUCUAACGGACAGGCCGUGAUCGUAACGGAAGAUCAAAUUUCAUUUUACUUUAAAUCGUCGAAAAAGUCUAAUAAUGGAACGGACGUAAAUGCGGGGCAAAUCCCUCAAUUACUUUAUAAAGUUAUUACACAAGAAACAAAAGCUCCUCCACGUCAAAUUGAUCUCUCAGAACCGGUUUUUGUUUUGAGCAAAGAAUUUUCCUCGACGGUAACUAGUGAAUGUUUUAAAUCUCUUUUGGCCUUACUACACUGGGGAUGGAAAGCUUUAAAAUCGGGAUACCUUGAUCUAAACGGGUCUAUAUCGACAAUGUCAACCCAUGCCGAACACGAAAGGUUAACAAGAUUGGUUUACAUAAAUCGAGCCAGCUUAAGGUUAAUUCAUUUAUUCACCAUUGAAAUUUAUCCGGAUCAAAUUUUUAGUAAGAAAACAGUUAGCGAAUCAGUAAGGCUCGCGGAAAGCAUCGGAGACGUUAGAGCAUUGCUGCAGAAGAUACUUUCUGAUAAACCCAUAAAUGGAGCACAUAAAGAAUUAACGGAUGCCGUUUUAGAAGAAUGUCACAAAACGUUGGUUUCGAUAUUUCACGCUUUGUAUCCCACUCCUUUUUUAAAAUGGACGUGUCUCUGCGAUUUGUUGUCCAAAACCGAUAAGACCGGAUUUUACUACACUCAACACGACAAACUGUUGAGUGCAGUACUGGAGGCUUUGUGCUGCCCGACUGUUCGUUUACGUUCCGCAUUGCCAAUUUUAACGAAUAGUUUAGAUCCUUCCAUGAGACAAUUAAGUCCCAGCGAUAAUUCUGGUUUUACCGUAUCCGGAACCGAUCACCAUUAUCCACUUCUCGUCGAACAAAUGUCUUAUCGUACUCAGCUCGAGAAGAACGGUGAAACAAUCGUGAAUUGGAGUUGGAAAGAAGUUUUAGACAAACUUUUAGAUCUCUGUAUACUUCCACCAAAAAGAGAUCUAAUGCAAAAACAUUCAAAUUUAUCAAAAGAAUUAGUUAAAAAUUGUUGCAAUUUGCUGGCUCGUGUCGUGGCUGAGUUGGCUUCUCAAUCUUGCGGCUCUGAUGAAGACAUACAAGGAUCAUGUGGAAGAGUUUUGCAUGCUACUCCAUCGAGAUUUAUGAGAACUAAUCAAACGAGAACUUGGAAUACCGGCAACGGUUCACCCGAUGCAAUAUGUUUCUCGGUUGACAAACCUGGAGUUGUUAUUGCCGGUGCAUGUGUUUAUGGCGGAAUGGGUGUUUUAGAAUAUGAACUGGAAUUACUUGAUGACCAAAGCAAUUCGGCAUGCGGAGAUCCUUCUCCAGCUCAAAGAUGGACAACUCUGGAAGUUAUAAAGGGAACGUUCGGGCCGGAUGAUUGCGUGUCCGACAUUGCCGAACUGAAAUUCGCUAAGCCGGUUCCAAUAAAAGAAAAUGUAAAAUAUGCAAUAAGGUUGAGAAAUCAGGGUGGGAGAACGUCAAACGGUGACGGAGGAUUAAACACUGUCAAGGGGCCCGAUGGAAUUACUUUUUCUUUUUCGACUUGUUCGUUAAGUUUUAACGGCACCACUCAAACGAGGGGCCAAAUACCUCAAAUUUUGUAUUAUAGCAAUCCACAAGAUGGAAGUUUUCAACACACUGCAAAAGCAAUAGCAGAACAACAAGCUAGAAAAAGUACUUUGUCAAUGACCACUGCCAUUUUUAAUAGAUGUUCAACUUUACUUAGUAUGGCUAGAGAAAAAGCAGAAGAUUUAAAUGUUAUUAAAAUAUUAGGGAAUGCGUGUGCAAUAACUACCUUAUUACCUUUGGUGUUGGCUCACGUCGGUCCUCUAGGAACGAGUGAUCCGAGAAGCGCUGUACAAAUUAUCAAUUUGGUACAAGAUCUUCUUCCCCACGUGUCAGCUUUAAACCUCUUGGGAAAUAAUUCUGAUGAUUUACCAAAGUCAACGACGUCAAAUCAUUAUGCUUGGGUGGAAAGCGAUCAUCCGUACAAACCCGCUUCCGUGUCAAACUACAGGGUAUUGUUUCCCGAAAGCGUUAAAUGGAUGGUCGUGGAAUUUUCCCCGAGAUGUGGAACGGCUCAAGUCGAAGAUUUGUUAAAGUUGUACAUACCCUCAGCAAUUAAAGAAAUAUGGGACAGGCAAUAUGAGGACUUUGAAAACGAUUCCAUGACGCCUUUGACGUACUGGAAAGUUUUUCGAACGCUUCGUGGUGGAACCACGUGGCCUCAAGAUGCUGUGGUUUUACCAGGAAACGAAGUAAUUUUUUCAUUGGAAACAGCUUCGGAUUAUGUUAAAAAUGAAAAAGCUUGCAAUUACGGUUUCCGAUGUUUGGUCGUCGGUUACGAAUGGGAUUCUUCGCACGGUAACGGUUUAAAGCAAAUUGAAUCGGAAUUGUCAUUCACGGCUGGAAUGUGUGCGGCAUCUCUUAUUAAAAAGGAUCUCCAGUUGCCGCUUUUAACCGUCGAAGAAGCAGAAGAGGAUACAGAUUUAGCCGAGGAGGCUGUUAUGAUGGUGGCAAACGAACAUUCGUCGCUUUUGGUACGAGGAUUGGCACUCGCACAAACACCAACAAUAUUUCAGGCUCUCGACGGAAGUCUUCCGUUUAGGUAA